CGUUAAAAAUUGAAAGGCGAUUGACAACACACGAGGUUGCUUUAUACAACGUCCUUUGUUUGACAUUGAUUCAUCAUUUUAUUGAAUUAAUACAAAUCGUUUGAGUAUUCAUCGACGAUUAUACUAAUUGUCAUUUGUUAAAUUAUAUUAAAUAUAUAACAUAACUUAAUUUAAAAUUCGCGUGUGGUUUAAUUUUUUCUCAAGAAGUUAUUUUUCCAUUAAUAUGGCUUUAAAUAAACUCAGCGUUGACAAAGUGGAUCUUGCCGGUAAAAGAGUAUUAAUAAGAGUUGACUUCAAUGUACCACUCAAAGAAGGAAAAAUUACUAAUAACCAACGAAUUGUUGCUGCCUUGGACACUGUCAAAUAUGCUCUUGAUAAAAAAGCUAAAAGUGUUGUAUUAAUGUCUCACUUAGGGCGACCAGAUGGUUCAAAAAAUCUUAAAUAUACUUUGAAACCUGUAGCAGAUGAGCUCAAAUCUCUGCUUGGAAAAGACAUUUUAUUUUUGGAUGAUUGUGUAGGACCAAGCGUUGAAGCUGCAUGUGCUGAUCCUGCACCUGGUUCUAUUAUACUUUUAGAAAAUCUUAGGUUCCAUGUUGAAGAAGAAGGCAAAGGUGUUGGACCUGAUGGUAGCAAGAUCAAAGCAGAUAAGGACAAAGUGGCUGAAUUUCGUGCAUCUCUGAGAAAACUUGGUGAUGUUUAUGUUAAUGAUGCUUUUGGUACUGCUCACCGAGCUCACAGUUCUAUGAUGGGAGAUGGUUUCGAUAUAAGAGCAAGUGGUUUCUUAUUGAAGAAAGAACUUGAAUACUUUGCCAAAGCUUUAGAUAAUCCAGAAAAACCAUUCCUUGCAAUCUUGGGUGGAGCUAAGGUUGCUGAUAAAAUACAAUUGAUCAAUAAUUUAUUAGAUAAAGUUAAUGAAAUGAUCAUCGGCGGUGGUAUGGCUUAUACUUUCCUUAAAGUAACUAAAGGAAUGAAGAUAGGAAAUUCCCUCUUUGAUGAAGAAGGAGCUAAAAUAGUUAAUGAUCUUCUAGAAAAAGCGAAAAAAAAUAAUGUUCAAGUUCAUCUUCCUGUUGAUUUUGUAACUGCAGAUAAAUUUGCAGAAGAUGCAGCAGUUGGAGCAGCAGAUGUUGAAGGAGGUAUUCCAGAUGGAUGGAUGGGGCUUGAUGUUGGACCAAAAUCACGUGAAUUAUUUGCAGAACCAAUCAAGAGAGCGAAAGUAAUCGUUUGGAAUGGACCUGCUGGUGUCUUUGAAUUUGAAAAUUUCAGUAAAGGAACUAAAAGCUUAAUGGACAAUGUAGUUGAAGCAACAACUCGAGGAGCUAUUACAAUUAUAGGAGGAGGUGAUACAGCUACGUGUGCAGCCAAGUGGAAAACCGAAGAUAAAGUUAGCCAUGUUAGUACUGGUGGUGGUGCUAGUUUGGAAUUGUUGGAAGGAAAAGUACUUCCUGGAGUAGAUGCUCUUUCUCCUGCAUAAAAGUAUUUAGAUUAUAUCGUAUUAUUAAAAAGAAUAUAUGAUGUAGAUCGUUGUAUCAUUGUAUGAUUAAUAUUACAUUCAAAUGUAAAAUUUAUUGAAGUUCGUAUUGUAUGUAAUAAGUGAAAUAAAUAAAGUAAAUUGGAAAUAUUAA